AUGAUGAUUAUCGGAGAACCGGAGGAUCGGGGAAAGAGACAGACAGAGAAAGAGAAGAGGAGCCUUAGCCCGGAGCCUCCUGAUGAAAAAGCCAAAUCCGGUGGAGGUUUAGGUUACCUACUUGUGACAAUACGAAACCUUACCCGGCCGGCCCUUCAUUCACCAGAAAGGGAACGUGCCAUCCCUGAUUGGCCAGACCAGCAGAAGAAUUGGUCGAGUCGAUUUCAGCCGGUCCAUCUUGUUCUCUUCGUUACAUUACCCAGGGUACGAAGUGCCCAGGUAGGUAGGUACUCCGCCAAAUGGUCCCAGGUCUCCAUAAAGGCCACUAAGGGGGAAAAGUGGUCUACACCCUGGUCAACCUGGUGGAGAAUUUCUGCUGCCAUUCCCCUCUGGAUUGGUACCAAAAAUACGCGAAUUGCUCUCUGCAUGCCGAAUGGCGGUCCAUCUAAGCCUUGCACGAGUCGUCCCCCCUUUCCCAAGACUACUUUAACCGGUAGCAAAGAGGAGAAUGCUCUGGUUGCAGAUCAUGAAUCGAGUAUCGAAUCCGGGAUGAAUUGGGACUCCGACGGAAUUCAAGGUUGUCAAAUCUUUCCGAUAUGGCCUUGCAAAAAAGAGAUCGGUAUAGCUCCAGCUUCGAGCUGUGCAUACCGUGCAGCAAUAAUCCCUUGUGCAGAUUUGAUAGGCGUUGAGCCGAAAGCCAAGCGGGGAUGGAUUAUUGCGAUGGCUGGGGCAAAUGCAAGUCAGAGGUUAUUCUCCAUUCCGCUUGUUGGCCAAACAUCGGAAUUUACUGAGUGCUUAGUAACCCGCUCAGACAUUGGGGAUGUGCCGGACCGGGUAGUAUCUUGCACCUUCAUAGAUUUCUCGAAUUCAUUGUGCGGCAGCGAGCCAACUCUUGUCCGCAAAGCGGAGGCGCCUACUGCUGCAUGGCCUCUUCAUUUAUCACGGCAUAAGUUCGGCAUGCUCAUCCUGAGUGAUAUAUCACAAUUACGCCAAGGGUACCCCGGUGAAUCAUUUCCGACUGUCUUUUGUAGGGCGGGUCUACCUUCGGAAGGGAAAUUGGUCACCGCUUGUUGUCUAAUUAGAUGCCUAUCGACUAUCGACAGGAGGUCCAAUACCAAGGCAGAUAUGGGGCGGGUAUUGCUGUGUACGGCUUGUCCACCUGGAGAAAGGCGCUCCACUGGAGGGAGGAUCGCUCAACCUGUGCCUGACUAG